AUGUUAAGAACUAUUAGUUUUGUGUUAUUGGUAGCUGUUAUUAGGCCUGGAUGCAGUCAGUACUUAAAAAAAUUGCAGGAUAAUCACAAACCUCGAGAAUUAACUGACAGUGAAUUAAUAAAGAUAUCCGGUUUAUCAAAUCCAGGCCACAUUGACAAUGUUUUGGACAACAUACUGAUACCAAGAGUGGUUGGUACAAAAAAUCACAAAAAAGUUUUUGAUUAUAUAUCUAAAGAGUUGGAAGAUUUAGAUUGGCAUGUAGAAAUCGAUGAAUUUACAGACAACACGCCUAAAUUUGGCAAAUUGACGUUCAAAAAUAUUAUUGCCAAACUUAACCCUAAUGCAGAGAGGUACUUAACGCUUGCCUGUCACUAUGAUAGCAAGUAUUUUCCUAGCAAUGACUUUGUGGGAGCUACCGAUUCGGCUGUUCCCUGCGCAAUGCUGCUCAACUUAGCGCGCGUUCUGCGCAGCAAUCUUGAUGGCGUAAAAAACAACGAUUUGAGUCUGCAGCUGGUGUUUUUUGACGGGGAGGAGGCAUUCGUGAACUGGGGGCCCAAAGAUUCCAUCUACGGGGCCAGGCAUCUGGCGCAAACGUACCACGAUACGAACUCUGUCAGUCGCAGUUCCGGCGAGAAUGUAUCGCAGCUACAGAAAAUGGACAUGUUGGUUCUUCUGGACCUAAUUGGGCACAGGGACGCUUCUUUUUAUAGUUAUUUUCCGGAGACCGAAAAGUGGUAUGUCAGGAUGGCAAAUUUGGAGGAUAGAAUGAAAGAUUUGGGGCUGUUGAAGAAAUACGGCAACCAUGUUUAUUUUAAGAAGCAAAGGCAUUAUGGUGGUAUUGAGGAUGACCAUAUACCGUUCUUAAAGAGGGGGGUUCCAAUUUUACAUCUCAUCUCAUCCCCCUUCCCCCGAGCCUGGCACACCCCACAGGACAACAGGGAUAUAGUCGACAUGAAUGCGACAGAGAACAUUCAAAAAAUACUCAUGGCAUUUUUGGUGGAAUAUAUGAAUAUCCUUUUGGACAAUGGGAAUUUACCAGAAAAGGAGCUAUGA